GGCGGCCGGGAGACCGGAAGCCGCCCACGGCUGUGGGGCCCGUGGGGCGCGGGGGCUGCCGGGAGACCGGAAGUCCGCCGAUGGCUGUGGGGGCUGGCUGCGCGGCGGUCCGCGGCUGCGGGCGAGGUAAGCGCGACUCGGGCCUUCCGGGGCAUGGCCACCCGGGCGGGGGCCGGGGCUGCGGUCGCCGGCGCCGCCGUGGUCGCGGUGCUCUCCGCCGCGCUCGUGCUCUACGGGCCGCCGCUGGACGCAGUUUUAAAAAGAGCAUUUUCGCUGCAUAAAGCACACUCAGUGAAGGAUAUGGAAAAUACUUUACAGUUGGUGAGAAACAUCAUCCCUCCUCUAACCACCAAGAAGCACAAAGGGCAAGACGGGAGGAUAGGCGUGGUCGGAGGCUGCCGAGAGUACACGGGAGCCCCCUAUUUUGCAGCAAUCUCGGCUCUCAAGGUGGGCGCGGAUCUCUCCCACGUGUUCUGCACCCAGGAGGCCGCGCCCGUGAUCAAGUCCUACAGCCCGGAGCUGAUUGUCCACCCGGUUCUUGACAGCCCCGAUGCCGCCCGCGCCGUGGGAGAGUGGCUGCCCCGCCUGCACGCCCUGGUCGUGGGGCCUGGCUUAGGCAGAGACCACGUCCUCCUGGAAAACGUCAAGGGCAUUUUAGAAGCGUCGAAGGCCAGGGGCGUCCCCGUCGUCAUCGACGCGGACGGGCUGUGGCUGAUCGCGCAGGAGCCGGCCCUCGUCCAAGGCUACCAGAAGGCCGUUCUCACCCCCAACCACGUGGAGUUCAGCAGACUCUCCGAGGCCGUGCUGGGAGACCCCCUGGAUGGCAGGGACCGCCGUGGAGCCGUGCUGAGACUCAGCCAGGCCCUGGGGAACGUCACCGUGGUCCAGAAGGGGGAGCAGGAUGUGAUCUCCGAUGGCACACAGGGCCCAGCUCCCUCCUCGUGGCUGCCUUGGGCGCGUGCGCUCUCACGCGGCAGUGCAGCCGCCAGGCCUUCCAGAAGCACGGCCGCUCCACCACCACGACCGACAUGAUUGCGGAGCUCGGGCCCGCCUUCAGCCGCCUCUUCGAAGACUGAGCCGCCCCGCACCGACGGGAACCCACCCACGGGAACCCACCGGCUCUGCGUCUGGGCCGCGCAGGCGGAUGGAGGCAGCAUCGGCAUUGGGGACUCGGCACUCGGCUCAGACUCACGUGCACGCGGGGUGUUAAGAUGGGAAACAACGCACCCCGACCUUUCCUGGCUUCUCAGCCGUGUCAGAAAAGCACGAUGGGAACCGCAGGAGGCGGCGGCCCGCCGAGGGUCAGCAGCGCUGCUUCUUCCCACAGGAGAGGCUCCCCUCGACGGGUGCUCCCCUCAGAGGAAUCCACCCUCAUUCGCAGUGCUUUCUAACUUGAGGUCCCCAAAGGAGGUGGUGCCAUUCAUUUAGCUCAUUUCUGUUUAGUGAUUAGGUUGGAAGUACCUGGGCAGAAAUAUUAAGCAUGGGCUUUUUGGUUAAUUGAAAUAUUUCGGGAUAAUCAGUGGUCUGCUGGAACCUAGAAAUCCUUUGGGGGCACCUGGGAAGUCACAGGAGGAGGUGAGGGGGCCCUGACUCCAAGCAUGGGGCUGGGUGGGACUCCGGGAUGCCUCCCACUCCCACCUGUGUGUGUCUGUGCACAGGUCACACGGUUGGCGGGCACCUAGGCUCCGAGCGCAGGGUCUGGUGGAGGUGGCCUCAUGGGGUCCUGAUGCCAUCCUGCCUGCUGCCGCCAGGGCCCUCUGCUCCCACAGGCCAAGGCCCGAGCAGUGUCCCCGUCCCGUUGCUGGGUCAGCUCGUGCGUGCUUGUCUGCAGGAGGGGAGGGUGUCUCGGUGGCUGGGUUACUUUCUGCUGUUGCCUUUCUCUGCGGGGCGGGUCCCAGCGCAGCCUCUGACUGCGUUUGAUGAUGCCUUCUGCAGGCGGGGCCGUGGUGCCCGCGCUGUGGUCAGACGCCUCCCCCGAAGGCGCCCUUCUUUAAACAGCUGUGAGCGCUGUAAGUUCACGUCUGUGUGUAGAAAAGCUUCGCUAUCAUCGUAUGGGGACUUCUCCAGAAAACACGUCAGGGACGUUCUCGCCUUCGGAGAAUCACACCUGCGUCGUGGUGACUAUUAAAGGUUUGUUUCAAAGA